AUGCUGAGACUGAAGAGAUUAAGCUCUAUUACACCAGCAAUUGUAAGUUCAAGACCCUUCCUCACACAAGAAGAUAAGCUCUUCUCUCGUAUCCCUUCUCAUAAUCCAUCACAAUGGACUUCCAAUCGCUUCCUCGACAUUCACCAGAUUGGAAACAAAGCUGCAAUCGAGAAAGAGCGUGCUCGGCUUGCAGAUGAGAUGAAUAGGGGUUACUUUGCUGACAUUUCAGAGUUGAAGCAACAUGGUGGUAAGAUUGCAAUGGCUAAUAAGAUCAUAAUUCCAGCCAUGGCAGCUGUAAAGUUUCCUGCAUUAGAAGUGAACUAUUCUGAUGGGUCAAGUCUUAAGCUGCCCAUUGCAUCUGAUGGAAAUGAUGUUGAUGCCUACAAAUCAGAUGUCCCAAAGGCAUCCCUACUGUGUCUUUCUUUCCGUGCAAACUCGCAGGGAAUGACUGAUUCUUGGUGCGUACCUUUUCUCGAUGCUUUCAGUAACUCGGAGAAAGUUCAGUUAUAUGAGGUAUUUUGA